GAUUUGGCUCGCUAGUGUAAAUUUCGACGAUUUUGGACACCGUUUUACUAGCCUAUCGAUCCUGAAGAAUGACGACGACAACCACUUUUCAAGGCUUGGACCCUGGUUCUAAGAGCAGCUCCAGGGUCCUGCGUCCACCGGGCGGAGGCUCCAACAUCAGCUUCGGCAAUGAGGAAGAGAAACCUGUCAACCGUAAAGACAAAAUGGCCUCCAGUAUUUUUGCUGAACCAGAAGACCCUCAUGCUCAUCGAAGGAACAAUCCACCCGGUGGAGCGCCUAGUGGUGUGCUGUGCGGGGAACCCUCAGCUCCACUGAGGAGAUGUCACACUCAAGCUGCUGCUCAAAAUAACACUACACCAGAGGAAAGCACAACUGGUGACGGUGAGACUUUGAACGCCGAAAACACAGAGGAGCCAGAGUCGGUGCCGGAGCAGAAAGAGGAGACUCAAGCACACGCGACAGCGCAGGCCGCCGGUCUGUCCUCGGGCCGCAGAAAUCCACCCGGAGGCAAAUCCAGCCUUAUCCUGGGCUGA